UAAAAACUCUUCAAAAAAAUUGAAGUUAGGAUUGUAGGCGGAAGGUUAGGCACAUACAGUUGAAGUUCAGGUAUGCGUAGACUCAAAAACAGUUAAACGAGUUAUAUACACAUCCAGUGAUUCUGCAACGGCGUUCAAUGACAUGACUGGCUUAGAAGUUAUAGAUGAGAGCUCAUGGAGUGAUGUAGAAUUUAUUAGGAAGAAUUGUCCAGUUUUAGCUGCUUACUCAAUAUGCAAGACAUUGGCAGAAAAGACAGCCUUUGAAUUUGCAGAGAAACAUGAUAUUGAAGUAGUGUCAGUAAUACCUCCUUGGAUACAUGGACCCUUCGUCACUCCUCAUUGUCCUGGAUCCGUACGAGAUCUAAUGGGAUACUUUUUUGGAGAAAGAGAUUUGAUGAUAGAGCAUUAUCCUACUAUCCCUGUGGUCCACGUGGAUGAUGUGGCAAAUGCACACAUCUUUCUUUUUGAAUAUCCAAAUGCAAGAGGAAGAUACAUUUGUUCCAAUGUUGCAAUAACAAUAAAUCAACUCACAAGACUUUUAUCAGCAAGAUAUCCAGAAUAUAAAAUUCCAAUUGUCGAGUUGUCAAAGGAAGUAUGUGAUUCUCAAUAUCCUGAAUAUUCAUCAAAGAAACUCUUGGAGACUGGAUUCAAGUAUGAGCAUGGUCUGGAAGUGAUGUAUGAUGGAGCAAUUGAGUGCUGCAAAAUAAGGGGUUUAUUUUAAUUCAAGAUACAGACCUGAAUGCAGCAACAUAAAGCAUUUUUCUAAGUAUUGUCAUGUUUUGAGGAGAUUUAUUUUGUGUGUUCUGUUUUGGUUUCUGAAGUACUGAAAAAUUGUGGAAGCUAUUAAG